AUGUCGAAUCGGAUUGGCGUUUCUCUUCUUACACUGCCAGUCGAGUUCGUCUACAGAAUUCUUGAUCAUCAAAACGAAUACACUAUUCUAUGUUCAAUGAGAAAUGUUUGUCAACGUCUGGACAUCAUCGUCAAUGGCUACUAUCAAUACCAGCCUGUCAUCACACUAGAUUUUUUCGGUAGUAACCUCGACGAUAUUCAAGCACAACGCUUAGCUGUUGCAUUGAGACACAAUACAAGUAUUACUCUAUUAGAUCUCGCAUAUAAUAAUAUAAGAAACACAGGAAUUGAAAAGUUGGCUGGUGUCUUGAAUAGCAACCAGACCGUUAUCACCACACUAUGUCUCGAUAGUAAUGACUUCACAACAGCUGGACUCAAUCAUCUGGCUACUGCAUUACAUGAUAACAAGACGCUGACUUUUCUACGACUCGCAAGUAAUAGUCUUGAAGAUGUUGAUGCACAGCAUCUAAGUAAUGCCUUGCGCCAGAACAAAGUGCUUACGAUCCUCAAACUGCAAGAUAAUCGAAUUGGAGAUACGGGAGCAAAAUAUCUUGCUAAUGCGUUAGAAAAUAACACAACACUCACUACAUUGGAUCUCACUGAAAACGUAAUCACGGAUGUCGGAGUUCAGGAUCUAGCCGAAGCAUUACACAAAAAUAAAACCAUCACUGCACUAUAUCUGGAAAGUAAUAAUAUCACAUGUACGGGAGCACAAUAUCUGGCGAAUGUAUUAAACGAUAGCACAAGCCUCACUUUAUUAAACCUUAGGAAGAACAGUAUUGAAACUGACGGAAUACGGUACAUAGCUGACGCAUUACAAAACAAUACAGUUCUUGCUGAACUUUAUCUCGGCUUUAAUCUAGUCGCCGAUGAUGGAGUCAAACAUUUGACUGAAGCCCUACAAAAUAACACAACAUUGAUAGUGCUAGAUCUGGCAAACGCUUAUAUUCGAGUUAAGGGAGCACAAUACCUCGCUGAUCUAUUGAUAAGUGAUAGCACGAAGCUCAGAAAGUUAUACUUGAAGAAUAACUUUGUGGAAGAUGUUGGAUCACAGCAUUUGGCCAAUGUUUUGCUCAGUAACACAACCCUCACUUUAUUGGAUUUGCAAACCAAUGAAAUCGGAGUUGAUGGAAUACAAUAUCUAGCCAAUGCUCUACGAAAGAAUCGAACACUUGAGAUAUUUGAUUCUGCAAAUAAUCAGUUUGGAACUGUCGGUAUUCAAUAUUUGGCUGAUGCUUUACACGAAAAUACAACACUUCUUCGACUUCAUUUCGAAGAAAAUGGCGUAGACGAUCUCGGAGCACAAUAUUUGGCUAAUACUUUACAUGUCAACAGAACGCUCACUGUUCUAUCUCUAUCCAACGAAAACAUCGGAGAUGACGGAGCAGUAUCUCUGGCUCGGGCACUAUUGUAUAACAAAACACUCACUAUUCUAGAUCUGAGAAAUUGUCAAAUCCAAGAUAAAGGAGCACAACAAUUUGCUGAAGCACUUCGAAAGAACACGACACUUGAAAAGCUAAAUCUUGGAGGAAAUCGAAUCACAGACGUCGGAGCACAACAUUUAGCUGAUGCAUUACAUAUGAAUACGACGCUUAACACAUUCUUGAUCGGGUCGAAUCCUUUUGGUCACCACGGAGCACACCGGCUAGCCGAUGCUCUAUGCAACAAUCUGAAACUCAUUCGACUUGAUCUUCGUAAUAUUAUGACGAAUGAUAACAUUCUGCGAAUGUUAUUCGAAAUAACCUUAAUGGAAAUCGAUGCGCAUGAAUCGAGUGUUUAUGAAUGA